AUGAACAAAAACCCUUUUUCUAGUAGCAGUGCAUCAUUGCAUGGGACUUACAUGAAGAAGCCUAGAUAUACCCUCCGCCUGCUUAUGUCCGUGAGGGGGAGAGUGUCGUUUGCAAGUUACACAAAUGGCUAUACGGACUCAAGUAGGCUUCUUCAUCUUGGAAACAAAGAAGCUAUAAAGAAAGAGCGUGCCCGGCUUGCAGAUGAGUUGAAUAGGGGGUAUUUUGCUGAUAUGUCAGAGCUUAAGAAGCAUGGUGGGAAGAUUUCUGUGGCAAAUAAAAUCUUAAUUCCUGCAACCGCAGCUGUUAAGUUUCCUGACUUAGAAGUGAACUACUCUGAUGGCAAAAUAUCAAAGCUGCCCAUUGGCUCCAGUGGAAAUGGAAAUGUGGCAGCUGUCAACAAAGCGGAAAUCCCCAAGGCAUCUUUAGUUUGCCUUUCAUUUCGAGCAAGCUCCCAGGGAAUGAUUCAUUCUUGGAGUGCUCCUUUUCUUGAUGCUUUUAGUGGUUCAAGGGAUGUUCAAUUAUAUGAGGUGUCAUUAAUAGACUCAUGGUUCUUAUGUCGGAGUCCAAUUAAGAAGUUGCUGCUCAGGAUUAUGAGGAAAUCUAAGCAUGAUGAAAGUAAUGAACCUAAAAGGCAGAUCGUAUAUUCGUUUGGUGACCACUACUACUUCAGAAAAGAACUUAAAAUACUGAACCUUCUGACCGGGUAUAUAGUUCUGCUUGAUAAAUUUGGUAGAAUAAGAUGGCAAGGCUCUGGAUUGGCUACGGAAGAGGAGUCGUCAUCCCUUUUAUCUUGCACAAAACUGCUCUUGGAAGAUAAAUGAGGCAGUUGAGGCUCUCUACAUACAUCUUGAGUUGAUACACUAGUUCCAAAUUCAAGAAUGCUAGAUUGUAGCAUUUUACCUCAUCUCUUAUGUGUAUUUUGUGUUUAGUUUUAAUAUAUAUACUCACAUUUGGCUAUUGAAUGCAAUUUUGUUUCUUCUUUA